AUGAGAGCAGCAAGUGCGAGUUUGAGUCCAACAACAAAUGCAAGUGCUGGUUUGAGGAACACCAAUCACUUCAAUUUCACCUUUCCCCCACUCUCAACCGUGAAGAACAACAAGAAUUGGAGCAGUCUAGUGGUGGUGAGAGCCAUCAAGGACAGGAAAGAGGCAGAGAAAGAGAAUGUGGAUGAAUAUAACAAGGAAAGCACAACAAAGCAGCAGCAGCAGCAACAGCAACAGCAACAGCAGCAGCAGCCUCUGAGUUUGGAGGAUGUGAACCCAGUUGGACUUGGAAGGAAGUCAAGGCAGAUAUUUGAUGAGGUGUGGAGGAAGUUCUCUGGGUUGGGACAGAUAUCAAGAACGACACGUGCAGAUGAUCAGGAAGCUCUUGAUGCAUUGCUCGUUAGGGAAGGUCCCAUGUGUGAGUUCGCUAUCCCUGGUGCCCAGAAUACCACUGUUCUUGUUGUUGGUGCCACCAGUCGCAUUGGCCGCAUUGUUGUGAGGAAACUUAUGCUCAGGGGUUACACUGUCAAGGCUUUGGUGAGGAAGGCAGAUGAGGAGGUUGUGAACCUGCUUCCAAGGUCAGUGGAGAUAGUAACAGGAGAUGUGGGUGAUCCCUCUACCCUCAAGGAAGCAGUGGAAGGCUGCAACAAAAUCAUAUAUUGUGCCACUGCUCGUUCUUCCAUCACUGGAGAUCUUUUCAGAGUUGAUCAACAAGGGGUUUCUAACCUAACCAAAGCCCUUCAAGACUAUAACAACCAACUAGCUCAACUAAGAGCUGGAAAAAGCAGCAAAAGCAAGCUCUUGCUUGCGAAGUUUAAAUCUGCAGAUUCAUUGAAUGGCUGGGAAAUCCGUCAAGGAACUUACUUCCAGGAUGCAGUUGCUUCAAAGUACGAUGCAGGAAUGGAUGCUAAAUUUGAGUUCACCGAGGCUGGAGAAGCAGUUUUCUCAGGGUAUGUUUUCACUAGGGGAGGCUAUGUUGAACUUUCAAAAAAGCUAUCACUUCCUCUGGGUUAUACUCUUGACAGGUAUGAAGGUCUAGUUCUUUCUGUCGGAGGAAAUGGAAGAUCUUAUGUUUUAUUACUAGAAGCUGGUCCUUCAGCUGAUACAACCCAAAGCAAAUUGUACUUUGCAAGAAUUAGCACCAAAGUAGGAUUUUGUAGGGUAAGAGUGCCAUUUUCUUCCUUUCGCCCAGUAAAUCCAGAUGAUCCGCCAUUGGACCCAUUUCUUGUACACACAAUGACCAUUCGCUUUGAGCCCCGAAGACAGAGACCUGUUGAAAGAUCUGGUGGAGUGAAGCAAGACCUGAGAAGCUUUAAGCUUAUAUUGGAAUAUAUAAAAGCUUUGCCUACUGGGCAAGAAACAGACUUUGUCUUAGUCUCAUGUACUGGAUUAGGUGUAGAACCCGUAAGAAGAGAGCAAGUUCUGAAGGCCAAGAGGGCCGGGGAAGACUCGCUGAGGAGAUCAGGACUUGGAUACACAAUCAUUCGCCCUGGUCCCCUAACAGAGGAACCAGGUGGUCAACGUGCACUCAUAUUUGAUCAAGGAAACAGGAUUUCUCAAGGAAUUAGCUGUGCCGACGUGGCUGAUAUCUGUGUGAAGGCAUUGCAUGAUUCGACUGCAAGAAACAAGAGCUUCGAUGUUUGUUAUGAAUACGUUGCCGAGCAAGGAAGGGAGCUCUAUGAACUUGUGGCGCAUUUACCGGACAAAGCGAACAACUAUUUGACACCAGCACUAUCUGUUUUGGAGAAGAACACUUGA